AUGACUGCAACUACUAAAAAGUUAUUCAAUGUCAGCUGCUCCCUGAACAGUGACUUCAGAGUGCACUUUGGUCAGAUUUUCAAUCUCAAGAUAGUUAACUGUCCUCAGAGUAUCUGCUUACAGGUGUAUGAGGAGAUCGGUUCAUCGUGCUCCCUCUUGGCUCAAGUGUUUGUUCCGGUGCCAGAGCCCUCAGUUUUGACAGGCAGUGGUGUCAUUGAGGAAUUUGAGUUCAGCAGCAACCACAGAGUCAUGUUUGACCACGAAGGAGAUGUACCGCUCUCCCUGGAGGCUGAUGGCAGUAACAAACAGAUCCUGCUGACCUCUGGGAAGGUGGUGUGCUGUGUCUCCUGGGCGAUUCAGGAGCUCGAUGUACCACUCGCUCCUCCCGUGUCUCAGCAACCUGGAGGCUUACACAGUCCGUCUGAUAUAUUCAGAAACUUGUGGAUUUUCUGAGAAACGUCUCUUCAAUCUGCCAGAGCCCAAACAUCCACUGACAAAAUAGAGGAAAGAA